UCUUAUUGAAGUCAGUGGGUCUUCAAGGUAAAUAGAUUUAGAAUGGCUGGAUGAAACCUUUAGAAACCCGUCAUUAAUAUGUUUUUAUUUAAAUGCAGUUCUCAAGAUAGCAGCAGCACUUAAGACUUACAUAUCGCUUUAUAGUGCUUUACAACCCUCUCUAAGCAGAUUACAGAGUCGGCAUAUUUGAAAGAUGAGGCAUCUUCCCACCACAUUGGAGUUGGGGAGGGUAGUUAAAGCCUGAGUUUUCACAAAAGUAUGCUUGUUGGCAGAGAAUAUGUGUGUUUAAAAACCAGAUGCUGGAAAAGCCUGUUUGUGUUGAAUAUGGUAAUUGACGCAUUGGCCCCUUGUUUGUGCACUGCCAAAAGACUAAAUGUGUUCUUUUAGGGGGUGGCUAAAGUACAACUUCUAGCAGUUUUCUGACAGUAUGGUAAAGGAUGCAACAACAUAAGCACAUGCUGUUCAACCUCAGCAACUUUAAAAUAUGUGGACUUCAACUCCCAGAAUUCUCCAGCCAGGUUAGGGAAUUCUGGGAGUUGAAGUCCACAAAUCUUAAGAUUGCUGAGAUUUAGAAACACUGUUCUACUUACUUUCCACUUCUCCUUCCCUGUUGUAAAAAAAAAUGGUGCAACCACCAACAUACCGUUUAUAUAAUUAAAUAGGUAGAAAAUUAUCCAAUUAAACUUUUUGGGUGGAUUGACCACAAGUGGGAAGAUUUUAACUUUUAUUUCUUUAUUUGAUUUAUAUGACCACCCAUCUCUGACUCUGUAUGCCUAACCAAUAUUAGAGAGUAAAUAAAAACAAAUACAUAGACACAUGCAUACUAUAUAUGUGGGUAUGUAGAUAUGUAGAUGUACAUUUAUGCAAACUUUGCAGAUUGCUUGAGAAGUUAGCCUCCUUUUUGGAGAGCAUCUUGAAAACUAUUUUCUUGCAUCAUCUAGUUAGACAAUGAUCAAAUUUUUUUCUGAGUUAUAGUGGCACUUGAUUUAUGCUGCAUAUUUUAAAAAGUUCAGGCCCAGUCAUGACUGACUUGGAAAUUCAGACACUUUGCAUGGAAAGUUACGGCUCUCGAUCAGCUCGGCGUUACCAGGUCCUCCCUAAUGGAAAGCUAAGCUCUGUGGCAGAUGCCUCUGAAGCCUGGCACUUUCGUUCACUCCAUCAUAUCUUCAUGUCCAUCUUCCUGCCCCAAGGUUAUCCUGAAAGUGUGAGCACGGACUACCUCGCCUACCAGUUCUGGGACACCAUCCAGGCUUUUGCAAGCAGCAUCACAGGGACACUGGCCACCCAGGCAGUGCUGAAGGGAGUGGGGGUCGGGGAUGAGACCUCCACCGUCGCAGCUGCCACUGUCACUUGGAUUCUGAAAGAUGGAACAGGAAUGUUGGGCCGAAUUGCUUUCGCUUGGAGCAAGGGGAGCAAACUGGAUUGUGAUGCUAAGCAAUGGAGACUCUUUGCCGAUGUGCUCAACGACGUGGCCAUCUUCAUGGAGAUCGUGGCGCCAGCUUUCCCAGCAUGCUUCACACUUAUUAUCUGCACUAGUGGCUUUUUCAAGUGCAUUGUGGGUGUAGCUGGAGGGGCCACCCGUGCAGCUCUCACCAUGCACCAGGCCCGCCGGGACAACAUGGCCGAUGUAUCAGCCAAAGAUGGAAGCCAGGAGACCUUAGUGAAUUUAGCUGGCCUACUCUUCAGUCUUUUCCUGAUCCCUAUUGUAGUGGACAAUCUUCUCCUCACCUAUGCCUUCUAUGCUCUCUUCACCAUCUUCCAUCUCUACGCCAACUAUCAAGCAGUGCGGGCAGUUUGCAUGGAGACCCUUAAUCGUGCCCGGCUCCACCUGGUCUUGCAGCAUUACUUGAAGUGGGAAGAAGUUCCUACUCCUGCUGUCAUCAAUCCUCAGGAGCCCCUUCUUCUAGGGUUUCGUCAGCAGCUCAAGAUAACUUUUGGGGCUCCUCUUCAUACAGUGACCUCCAGUGUUGCUGACUUCCAGAAAGCUCUUGAAGGCAAUUCUUCGAAUUACUUAAUUUUCUUCAAACAACCAACAGGGGUGAUCUCUAUCCUACUCCAUCGGCAAGCAGACAGUGUGGAUGUGAUUAAAGCCUAUACACACGCCCUUCUUCUAGAGGCCUUGCUGUAUCAAGAUAUGGAAACCUGUGCCUUGGAAAGACGGUCCCUCCUGAGUUUGCAACAUCAGUUACGUAAAGAAUCCAGUAAAGAGGAUCCCAGGAUACAUUCCAAAAUACAUCAGUUCUUAGACAGGAUAUUUCCGAAAUUCCUGGCAGGAUUGACAGCCGCCGGAUGGGUAACUGAUCGGAACCUUCUGGGCCCCGAGGAAUGGCGGAUGGAAUGGCUCAGCGCUGAGAAGAAAAUGCUCUGAUUCUGAUUCUGGAAGAAUUUUUAUGCCAAGAACCUGAUUUAUUCAAUCCUAGAAAAGGAGAUCUGAUUUCCUCGGGGUUGUCUUUUACAAAGUCAACUGUAGAUUUGGAUUUGCCUUGCCUCAUUUUACCUCUCCUUAAUUGUAAAAUAAAGAUGAGGUGCUGACAACAUAA